AUGAUUACUUCGACACCUUACUAUGCACAAGCUAAUGGCCAAGUCGAGGCUGCUAACAAAGUGAUCAUAGCUUUGAUCAAAAAACAUAUUUCGGGGAAACCUCAAAACUGGCAUGAAACAUUGCUACAAAUAUUGUGGGCUUACAGAAAUUCACCCAAGAAUGCCACUCAAACUACGCCAUACAAGUUGGUGUAUGGUCACGAAGCAAUUUUGCCUAUUGAUAUCAAUUUGCAAUCCAUUCACGUGCAAAGGCAAAAUGAGUUACCAGUCGAAGAUUAUUGGAAUUUAAUGUAUGAUGAACUAAUUCGACUGGAUGACGAAAGAAUGACAGCCAUGCAAAAUGUCAUUCAUCAGAAAGAAAAGAUAGCUCGAGUUUAUAACAAAAAGGUUAAGAGCAAACAAUUUUCGAGUGGAGACUUAGUCCUAAAAGUUAUCCUCCCAAUGGACCAAAAAUCUCGAGAUCGGGGUAAGUGGACCUAUAAUUGGGAAGGACCAUUCAUUAUCGAAAGAAUCUACUCGAACAAUGCAUACUUGAUCAAAGAGUUAAAUUCGAGAAAUGCAAGUAAAGUGAUCAACGGAAAAUACUUGAAGAAAUUCCAUGAAAGUAGCAUGUACUGA